CAAGGUCAAUAAAUCCGCAGUGUAAAAAGCGUGUACGUUCGACCGCUCGCGUCUGUCAAAUGUUGAUCAGUAUUCUUCUUAAUUAGUGUAUCUUUAAUGCAAUGUGUGACGAACCUUUAGUACCUCUACCGGUGGAGCGAUGGCCAGAGCUCAAAGCUAUGUUUAGAAAAGACUGGCCUCGGGGCAUAUCAGGCUAUGGAGUUCUGGACAUUGAAGAAUUAAUAAUUAAUAACGGAGCUGAAUACGGUUUCAAAGCAUAUGUGCCUUAUGGAGACAUGUGCAACGGUCUGGUCGGAAUAAAUGUAAAGGGAAACUUCUUUGAAUUAAUUAUCCAACCAACCAAAGAUGUCACGACCGACCUUGUGAAGGCACUGAAACAUACGAAACUCAUAAACUGGAAAGGUCCGAUAGAAUUGGCAUUUGCUCCCAUAGAAGUGGCGGACGCUUUCAAAUCUAUUUUACAUGAGAAGAAGAUGUUUAUCAAAGGUAUUACAACAACUGAAACAUUUUAUAUUGAGGAUGAUGCGCCAUAUUUCGACGUUGAAUUACCCCCAGAGCUAACGUUCGAAGUGAUGACCGAUAAAUAUGCUCAUAUAUCCAACGAUACUUGGCCCCACAAAUAUUCAGGCUCGAUUUGGUACUAUCAUCUAUUAAUCAAAGCCAAGCUUGGCUAUGGCCUGUUUAAAAAUGGAGAACUGAUUUCUUGGUGUUAUGUCAAGGAAAUGGGAGCCCUAGGGCAUCUGUACACCCUUGAAGCUCAUAGAAGAAAAGGAUAUGGAGAGCUGGUCCUUAAACUCAUAUCGAACACAUUGAGGAGAGAGGGAAGAGUUGUUUUCGCCUUUUGUGUGGCUGGCAAUGUCACUGCCCGAAAUCUAUAUUGCAAAUUAGGGUUUUCCUCUGCUGGGGAUGUCAAAUGGUGUCACACUAAGCCCAUUGUGGAAUAACUUGAUUAAAAGAACGGAAUUUCAACGAAUAACCGGAUUAUAGUAGAGAUAGAACUAACCAAACAUCGAUUUAACUAAUCCAUAUGUCAAUGUUUUGAUUACAAGCUGUUCGAUAUAGCCAUAAAAUUAAUUUAAAGCCUUAUAAA